AUGUCCGUAACACAAAUCAAAACAGGCGACUCCAUUCCUAAUAAUGUCUACUUUGGCGAGUUGAAAAAUGGUGAAGAACAGCCGCAAAAAAUUGCUCGUGAUGAAGUAUUCAAAGGAAAAAAAGUUGUCAUCUUUGGAAUUCCGGGUGCCUUUACAUCUGUAUGCAGCGCCAAACAUCUUCCUGAAUUCGUUUCUCACUAUGAAGAGUUUCAAAAGAAAGGAAUCGAUACCGUCGCUUGUGUUGCGGUUAAUGGCAAAACAUCUGAACCUUUAAAAAUACCAAAAUCAACAGACCCAUACGUAAUGAGAGAAUGGGCAAAGGGGCACAACGUCGACCAAAAAGUGAGAAUGCUUGCGGACGGCGACAAAACUUUCCACAGUGCAUUGGGGCUCUUACAAAUACUUCCGUUUUCGGGUGAGCGUGGUCGUCGAUUCUCUGCGUAUGUUGACAAUGGCGUGAUCAAGAUUCUUAAUGUGGAAGAGCCUGGCGCACUUAGUUAUAAAGUUAGUGGUCCUGAAAGGAUGUUGAAGGAUUUAGAAGAGUUGGGUAAGAAACAGUAA